AUGUUGCAGACAGCAUGGCAGCCUCCAUAGAAAGGCAGCGUUAAUGUUACAUAGCAGGAGUUCAGGGAUUUCAACAAAGGUCUUCGUCCAUUGGUAGAUACAGCUCUGCUCUACAAAUAAAGACAUUUUUUGUUCUCCGCAAAAAUUGUAAGUAUAUAUAUGUAACGUUUUAUUUUGCUCAGGUGGUUGGAUUACUGUGCUAGACGUAUAUAUGCUUUGAAAGGGAAAUGCAAGCUUGUUUGAGUCAAUGUAAAGAUAGAUGACUUUCUGAAACUAACACUUAAUGAUGACUUAAACAAGACUGUCACACAACAAUGAGCUGUUUACUGUCCUACCCACGUGAAAAACUCCCUCAGUUUUGCCCCACACAAGUGUUACUCAUUAGAACACGCACGGAAAUGAUCAAAUAUUACAGUAAAAGUUUAUGCAUAUUUAUUGACAACCUCAUCAGCUGAUGACCGUAAUCUUCUCGAAAUUGAGGAAGACCGCACUGUAGGGGAGAGUGGGGUAAGUUAAGCAACCCCCUGUUGCUUGGAAAUGGUAAAAGAAAUUGAUCAUGUGACCAAAUAUUUAGUAGAUGGGCAUCAAUUCAUGGAGUCUGUGAAGGUUAGAAGCACAUGGGUGAAGGGGUUAGACAUUAAUUUCCAAAAAUAAAAAAAAACAUUCCAACACAUUCAAUGUUGCAUCACAAAAAUGUUUGUCAUUAAAAACACGCACGGAAAUGAUCAAAUAUUACGAUAAUGUUUUAUUCACAAUUUAUUGACAACCUCAUCAACUGAUGACUGUUAUCUUCUUGAAAUUGAGGUAGACCACACUGUAUUUUUUUUAAAUUCCUUUUUGUUCUUCAAAAAUGCAGUGAAUCUGUCAAGAAAACUAUCAAUUUGUGUAGUUUCUUAAUAAGUCUGGACUCAGGUGAGACAGAUUUUAAGGGGGGUUGCUAAAUCCUUUGUGUCACAAACCAAAAUCAAAGUAUUAAUUUGAGUCUCUGUAAAGGGGUUAAUCACUGCCGUGUUCCCAUGAAAAAACCCUCAAAUAUCUGAUAAUAUGACUCUCACUCCACAGGUGCGCAUCUUACAUGUUGACCAAGAAGCUCCCCCUUCUCCAGAGUUCCCUGGUUCGGGUUUCCAGGUGUGCCAGUCACCUUGCCCAACAGCAGUAUGAUGUCAUUGUUGUGGGUGGGGGUCACGCUGGGACAGAGGCUGCAGCAGCAGCAGCCCGGGUGGGAGCGAAGACACUGCUGGUCACACAAAAAAUUCACACCAUUGGUAAGAGGAUGGGAUUCAUUUGCUCCCAGGGAUCAUUAAUUAUCACGGUAAACCUUUAAACCUCCUUCUUUCCCUCUUAGGUGCCCUGUCCUGUAACCCCUCUCUGGGUGGGGUAGGAAAGGGCCAGCUGGUGAAAGAAGUAGAUGCCCUGGAUGGUUUAUGUGGUCGAGCAGGAGACUGGGCUGGGAUCCAUUUCUCCAUUCUGAAUCGUAGAAAGGGCCCUGCUGUGUGGGGCCCGAGGGCCCAGCUGGACCGCCAGCGCUAUAGAGAAUUUAUUCAGGUAUCUUGAAUACACACGUUGGAUAGUUUGAAACUGAACUAAAGAUGAAUAACUGACAUUAACUGUGUGUGGCUGCUGUUUGUCAUUCAGGCGGAGCUGCUGUCCACUCCCAGGCUGACAGUGGUGGAGGGCUCAGUGGAGGAUCUGCUGGUGUCAGAGCCAAACCCUGAGGAGCCAGGCCAGCACAAGAUCACAGGGAUACGUUUGGGUAUGGAUCAAAUCAAAACAGACAGUCAAUAAUGAUCUUUUGGUAAAUUUAGUUUUGAAACAGAGACAUGCCUAUAAAUCAUGGCUAGUGUUUUUACCAGUUUAAAAUGUUUUUGACUGAAUCUGCUGAGUGACAUUUAAAUGACUGCUUUUGUGUUUCACUCACUUUUGCAAAAUGCACCUUUAAUUAUUUCUGACAUAACUCAAUAACCUUUUUCCACUUUUUUCUCAGCAAACAGAAGCCACCAGAUCCCAGCCCAUUCUGUGGUUCUUACAACUGGUACCUUUUUGUCGGGCGCUUUAUUCGUGGGCCAAACCACAUCCCCUGGGGGUCGGAUUGGAGAUGCCCCUUCGUGCUCUGGGCUGUCAGACACGCUGAGGAGGAGGCUCGGGCUCAGGAUCGGCAGACUGAGGACUGGGACGCCCCCUAGGAUUGUGAAAGAUUCAGUUGAUUUUAAUCUGGCUACUUCUCACCCUCCUGACCCUCAACCAACUCCGUUCAGCUUCCUCAAUACUCACACACACUGCAAGGUGAAACAUUCAUUCCCAGUCUCUUUCCAAGUGUUUAGGUUUUUUUCUGCUCACAGUGAUGUAAAAGUUGCUGAAUUUGACAUUUGCAAACAUUAAAAUAACAAUUGUUGAAUAUUUUGCUUGUUCUGUAACAAUAGGGUCAAAAUGGUACAAGUUAUGUGAACUGAUUUAAAAUGAACAGUGUUUUCAGAGCUGUUAUAUGUGAAGAUCUACAUGGGUCUAAAAGUUUACCAUGAUAACCUUUAUUUUCAGCACCUCUAACCAAUAAUGUAAACUUCCUCCUUUUUUAGCCUGAGGAGCAGCUACUUUGCUACCUGACCUUAACAACACCUGGAGUAGAAAGAGUGGUGCAGGAGAGUCUUCAUCUCAACUGUCAUAUACAGCAAGACACCAAGGGUCCCAGGUACACACGCGCGCACACGCAAAACACAAGCGUGAGAAAUUGUACAAAGUUAGCUUUGAAACUCUCUUUCUUUGACUCUAACAGGUACUGCCCCUCCAUCGAGUCAAGAGUUCUGCGUUUCCCAGGCAGACAGCACCAGGUGUGGCUGGAACCUGAAGGGCUGACCUCUGACCUCGUGUACCCUCAGGGCCUCUCCAUGACGAUGCCCCCUGACAUGCAGCUCCAGCUCAUCAGAGAAAUCCCCCCUCUGCACAGAGCUGAGAUCCACACACCUGGUACACUGAAUAAGUCUUGUUUAUCUUACACAGUAGUUAUAUUCUUGUUGAUAAUAAUGCAUCAGAUUUCAUAUAGCGCUUUAUCAGAGACCCUCAAAGCGCUUUACAUUUGAUACAUCAUUCAUUCGCUCACACAGUCACACCUUGGUGGUGGUAAACUACCGUUGUAGUCACAGCUGUCCUGAGGCAGACUGAUAGAAACGUGGCUACCAGUUUGCGUCUACUGCCUCUUCGACCACCACCACACAACACUCACAUUCAUACACCAGUGAAGGACACACAUUGGGAACAUGGUGGGUUAAGUGUCCUGCCCAAGGACACAACAGACAGACUGUACUUCCUGAGCCAAUGCUGCCCCAUAUGUAAAGAGGAAGUAAGAAGAUCUGAAGGUUAAUAGUUUUCUGAUUGGGUCUUUUUUUCCUCCAGGUUAUGGUGUUCAGUAUGACUUUGUGUGUCCUACUCAGCUGAGUCCUGCCCUCCAGGUGAAAAGCACUCAGGGUCUUUUCCUGGCUGGUCAGAUCAAUGGCACAACAGGAUACGAGGAGGCAGCUGCACAGGUUGGUGCAUCUUCACAUUUACACUUAAUAGUCUUUAUGAGUCAGUGAGAAAAGUUAAUGUCAAAUUGUUUCUGUCCUCCCAGGGUCUGUGGGCGGGCGUGAACGCUGCUCGUCAGGCCCUCUCUAUGCCCACACUCUCACUAUCACGGACGGAGAGUUAUAUCGGAGUUCUCAUCGAUGAUCUAGUAACUCGGGGAGUCACAGAGCCAUACCGUAUGUUCACCAGCAGGGCUGAGUUUCGAGCCUCUUUGAGGCCAGACAACGCAGACCUCCGCCUCACUCUAAAAGGUGAGUACAGUUUGAAGGUGUUUGCUUUCUUCAUUGUGUUUUGUUUUUGUCUGCUUGGUGUCCAUGCUUGAAAAUCCUUCUAAAAAUCGUGUAGACUCAAGAGAGGUCCUACGCAUUGUUUUUUCAGGGUUUGAGGAGGUGGGAUGUGUGUCCCCCUUCCGCUACCAGGAGGCUGUGAGAGUGAGGGACGCCCUGCAUGAUGCUUUGGCAGCUCUGCAGGCUCUCGAACUGUCAGCCUCAAACUGGAGGAAAAAAUUCCCAGACAUCCGUAUAAGUGAGGCCAAGAGGAACAUGCUGACGUGAGUGGUUGUUUUGAAAGUACAGUGAGAGUUUUAUUUAUGGUUGACUUUUGGUCCUUACAGUUGCUGUGACUUCCUUUUCAGAGGUGGAGAUCUGCUGCAGUACAAGGAUAUCACCUUUGAAAUGUUGGCGUCUGUCUUCCCAGAGUGCUUAUCGCCUUACAUGGAGUUUGCACAGAGACUCAAAAUAGAGGGUAAAAUCUGAGUUUCAUUUCACCUGCAUUUCAUUUCUGUUACAAUAAUACAAUAUCACAACAAUUCACUGGAGCUGAUUAUUUCAAUAAACAUGGUGCUUCCUGGUUUUCUAGCUGUGUACCGACCUCACUGUGACCUCCAGAAAACAGAGAUUGAAAGAAUUCAGAGAGAGGAAAACAUGGCCCUUCCACAGGAUUUGGACUAUUUCUCUCUGCCAGUGUCACUGUCCAAGGAAGUGAGAGAGAUUUUGGACCGAGUUCGACCCAGCACUGUGAGUAUAAACAAGCAGCUUUAACAACCCUAUUUAUGAGAGAAAAGUCUUUGAGUUAAUUUGGUUGUUAUGUAAAAAAAAAAUAAACAUGCAGCCACUUCUAUGCUUUAUCUUUCAGUUGGGUGCUGCAACACGUCUGCAGGGUAUAACUCCAGCUGCAAUAGUUCAUCUCCUUAACUAUGUAGGACCCGGGAAACGGAAGGAAAGGUUGCGCAGAAACAAAAAGGACCAAAAAGAGGAGACAGAUGAGGAGCUGUGUGCGAGAAAUGCAUCUUUACCUCAGUGAGACGAUGACUCAUUGAAUUUUCCUGUAAAAGUCUCUUUAUUUAUAAAGUGUACAAAAGAAUAAAUAAAUGUAGCUUCUAUUUUAAUGCUGUACAAGUUUAAAAAUAAAACCAGCUGCUGAAA